ACCAUCUCUAAAACGUCACUCCAGGUUAAAGCCAUUGGAUGGAUGCUGGUCUAAAUGCACAUGCCCAACGUCUUUUUGUAAAUGGCUGGAACAUUGGGACCGAAUUAUCCUUCCCUGGACAGGAGGCCAAUAUAUUGAUUGUCCUCGCUGAGGAGAACACUUGAAAGUCCAGCUAGAUUACAAAGAGUUCAGUUCAGCAUCUUUAGAAACCACAGUGGUGUUCCCGUCUUAGAGCUUUUGGGCCCUGCCCAUGACAUCAAGAGGAGCACCAAUGGCCUGCGGUGGAGCUAUGGUAAUGAGUGCCUUUUUCUGGUCUGUGGCCAUAGUAUAUUUGACCCAUAUAGGCAGAGUCAAUGGGGACUGCUGGCUCAUCGAAGGCGAGAAGGGUUUUGUGUGGCUAGCCAUCUGCAGCCAAAACCAGCCUCCAUACGAGGCCAUCCCCACACAUAUAAACAGCACCAUUGUGGACCUUCGGCUCAAUGAAAACAAGAUCAAAAGUGUCCACUUCUCUGCCCUCAGCCGCUUCGCCAACCUGACCUAUCUAAACCUGACCAAGAAUGAGAUCAACUACAUAGAUGACGGGGCCUUUUCUGCCCAGUUCAACUUACAGGUCCUUCAGUUAGGCUUCAACAAACUCCGCAACCUUACUGAGGGCAUCCUCAGGGGUUUGGGCAAGCUGCAGUACCUCUACCUCCAGGCCAAUCUGAUUGAGACUGUGACACCCAAUGCCUUUUUGGAGUGCUAUAGCCUGGAAAACAUCGACCUCUCCAUGAACCGUAUCCAGCAGCUAGAUGGGUCCACGUUUACCAGCCUGACAAAACUGACUACCUGUGAGCUGUACACCAACCCUUUCAACUGUUCCUGUGAACUACUUGGCUUUGUGAAGUGGCUCUCUGCAUUCCCCAAUAGGACAAAUGAACGGAUGGUCUGUGACUCCCCAUCAGGUGUCUCUGGCUACAGUCUGCUUAGCCAGAACCCGAACAUCCCAACUUUUCGGAAUGCCCUCCAUAUGCUCUCCACUGUGUGUACAGACGACUAUGUGACGCCGUACAUACCUGUGCCUCCUGAGACCACCACACUCCCACCAGACUACACUCCCUGUGGGCUGGAGGACUGUCCCUCCGGAACUGAGCCAGAUGAGAGUAUGAGUAUCAACCCAACAGUGAUUAAUGUGGAUGUAAAACCCAGUAUGAAGCUGAAGCAAGUCUCUAAAACAAGCGCCACCAUCACUGUUCAGAUCCCCCAUCCCUUUAAGAAGAUGUACAGCCUGGUUCUCUACAAUAACAGUUUUUUCACUGAUAUUCAAAACCUCAAAAUUCAGAAUGAGGACAUUGAACUUAAAAACCUGAAACCCCAUACCGAAUACACGUACUGUGUCGCUUCUAUAAAGAAUAAUCUUAGAUUCAAUCAUACUUGUCUGGCAGUCUCCACAGGACCCUGGAAUGGGAAAGAGAGAUCACAAAACCAUGCAACAGCUACCCACUACAUUAUGACCAUCCUAGGUUGUCUCUUUAGUAUGGUGAUUGUCCUAGGGGUGGUCUACUAUUGCCUGCGUAAAAAACGUCAGCAAGAUGAAAAGCACAAAAAGGCAGGCAGCCUGAAGAAAAGUAUAAUUGAACUCAAAUAUGGACAAGAGCUUGAAGGGGGAACCAUUUCCAGGAUGUCACAGAAGCAAAUGAUGGCUGGGGAGAGUAUGUCCCGCAUGCCAUACCUACCAUCUGGAAGUGAAAUGGAGCAGUACAAACUGCAGGAGAUAAGAGAUGACAUGCCUAAAAUGGCCAAGGGAAGUUACAUAGAGGUGCGAGGAACCGGGGACCACCAUGAACGCAGAGAGUGUGAGAUGUCCAUGCCUGGGAUGUCCAUGCCUGGGAACAGCCAAGGGUCAGUGGCUGAGAUUUCAACCAUUGCAAAAGAAGUGGAUAAGGUCAAUCAGAUCAUUAACAACUGUAUCGAUGCUCUGAAAUCAGAAUCCACAUCUUUUCAAGGGGUGAAAUCAGGAGCUGUGUCCACCCAGGACCCCCAGCUGGUCCUAAUAUCAGAGCAGCCGCAGAGCAAGUCUGGCUUCCUGUCCCCAGUGUAUAAGGACAGCUACCACCACUCGUUACAGAGGCACCACACCUCGGAUGUCCCGCCAAAGCGGCCCAGCACUGCCACUGGAGGUCCAAUGCGGAGCCCAAGGCCUUACCGCUCAGAGUCCAAGUACAUAGAGAAGACCUCGCCGACGGGUGAGACCAUCCUCACUGUAACGCCAGCCGCUGCCAUCCUUAGGGCAGAGGCGGAGAAGAUCAGGCAGUACAAUGAGCACCGGCAUUCCUAUCCCGACAGCCACCAGCUGCAGAUCGAGGAGCUGGAAGGGCCCGGAAGCCACAAGCCCUCCAUCCUUGAGCCCCUAACUCGGCCCCGCCCCAGAGACAUGGCGUACUCUCCUCUCUCACCUCAGUACCAUAACCUCAGCUACUCCUCCAGUCCUGAGUACUACUGCAAACCACAUCACACUAUCUGGGAGCGCUUUAAACUCCGUGGCAAACGGCACAAAGACGAGGACGAGUACAUGGCUGCAGGGCAUGCGCUACGUAAAAAAGUGCAGUUUGCCAAGGAUGAGGACCUGCAUGACAUUUUAGACUACUGGAAAGGUGUAUCUGCUCAACAGAAAUCUUAAUCUCUCCAAGUAUUUUCUACUGGACCACAACUUUCAGAAAUGACACAGAAACCUUAUAUGUGAAACUCACUAUUGAUUGGAUGGAUACGUCCAUAUUGCGAUCAACUACUUAAACGUAUAUAUAGCAACAUAUUUUGACUGUGAGUAAAAUAGGAAAAGAACCUUGGAAAUGACCAUCUUGGAAAUGACCAUCUUAAAUUUGUCACAUUAUGUAUGGAAUUUAUGGGAAUAAACUGUAAUCUAACGUUUCAAGAAGAAAACAUAUUGCAAAUUAAGAAUAUACAUAUUAUAUGUUGCAAUGGAUUAUAGGUAUUUGGGUAUC